CUUCCACAUAGUAGCUAAUAUUUAUGUGCAUAGAGAGAGAGAGAAGAAGAAAAAGAAGAGAGAGCAAGUUUCAACAACAAAAACAAAAACAAAAACAAGAGAAAGAAAGAGAGAGAGAGAAGCCAUGGCUGGUCUUCCAAGAUCUGAAGUAUCAUUCAGAAGAUCAGGUUCAUCAGGUCUUGUUUGGGAUGACAGAUACUUAUCAGGAGAAUUAAACAAACUCAAAGAAGAACAAAAUCAAGAACAACAACAACAGAAUAAUAUCAACAAAGAGAUUCAACAAGGAACCACCAUACAAAGAAGCCGAUCCACCGGUGCUGGCCGCAACUAUCGUACCGGAAAAGUAUCUCCGGCGAUCGACCCACCAUCUCCUAAACUUUCCGCUUGUGGAUUCUGUAGCGCUUUUGGGAAAAAAACAGGGGAAAAGGGUCAACGGUCAAAACCUAGUAAACAUCGAUCAAGGUAGGUGAAAUUGUUCGUUGAAUCAUUCUCGUUGCUUUUCCGGUCGCCGGAAAAGGGAAAUUCCGGUCGGUAUAGUCAGUUGAGUUCAUAAGAAGAAGUAAAAAAAAAACAGAGCAGUGAAUUUUAGUUUUUAUUUUUUUCCUUCUAUUGUGUUUGGAUUGAUAGUUUUUUUUAGGAAAGUUUGAAUUAAUAAAUAUAUAGUUGAAUAGAAAGAAAAAUGGUUUGUGCCUGAGUUGAAGUACUUGAGUUGUAAUUAUUAUUAUUAGACAUUAGUAUGUGUAUAAUAUUUGUUUGUUGGGUUUGUGAGGAAUUUUGAUUUUUGUACAAAAUAAAGGUUUAAUGAAAAUCUCAUAAAAA